GAAAAUGCUUUAAUGAAAGGGCGUCUCUGUACACGUAGCCACUUGCUUCUUUCACUCUCUCUCUCUCGUCAGGAAUCGUCUCUGCUCUUUCAUCAUCCUCCGAGAAUUAUCACACAAGGUCACUGCAAGGUGUGUACGAGAGGGCUAAAGUAAAUGGUGUUGUUGUGAUAUUCAUCUUAUUUUUGACAGCUUGAAAUAGAGGAGUUUAGCAAUGCAAGGAGUUCCUGGAUUUAAUACUGUUCCAAAUCCUAACCAUUAUGACAAAUCAAUAGUGUUAGAUAUUAAACCGUUGCGAAGUUUGAAACCUGUUUUUCCAAAUGGUAAUCAAGGUCCACCUUUUGUUGGUUGUCCACCUUUUGGUCCUUCCUCAUCUGAGUAUUCUUCUUUCUUCCCAUUUGGAGCACAACAACCAACGCAUGAUACUCCAGAUCUCAACCAAACUCAGAACACGCCUAUUCCAUCAUUUGUUCCACCUCUUCGAUCGUAUAGAACACCUACUAAAACAAAUGGCCCCAGCAGCUCCAGUGGAACUAAAAGAGGUGUUGGUCGACCUAAGGGAACUACUAGUGUGAAGAAAAAAGAGAAGAAGACUGUGGCCAAUGAGCCUAACUUAGAUGUUCAGGUAGUGAAAAAAUUCAGUUCAGAUUUUGACAGUGGGAUCAGUGCAGCAGAGCGAGAAGAUGGAAAUGCGUACUUAGUAAGUAGUGUAUUGAUGCGUUUUGAUGCAGUUAGGAGGCGGCUCAGCCAAGUAGAAUUCACAAAGUCCGCUACUUCUAAAGCAGCAGGUACUCUGAUGAGCAAUGGGGUGCGGACAAACAUGAAGAAGAGAGUUGGGACGGUUCCUGGAAUUGAGGUUGGAGAUAUCUUCUUUUCCCGGAUAGAGAUGUGUUUAGUGGGUCUUCACAUGCAGACUAUGGCUGGCAUUGACUAUAUAAUUAGUAAGGCCGGUUCAGAUGAAGAGUCUUUAGCAACUAGCAUUGUUUCAUCUGGACGUUAUGAAGGUGAAGCUCAGGAUCCUGAGUCAUUAAUUUACAGUGGACAAGGCGGCAAUGCAGACAAGAACAGACAAGCAUCUGAUCAGAAGCUUGAAAGGGGUAAUCUAGCAUUAGAGAAUAGCUUGAGGAAGGGAAAUGGAGUAAGAGUCGUAAGAGGGGAGGAGGAUGCAGCUUCGAAAACAGGAAAGAUCUAUAUCUAUGAUGGGCUUUAUUCGAUCUCAGAGUCAUGGGUAGAGAAAGGGAAAUCUGGUUGCAACACCUUUAAAUAUAAAUUGGUGAGACAACCUGGUCAACCACCUGCGUUUGGCUUUUGGAAAUCUGUUCAGAAGUGGAAGGAAGGUUUGACUACAAGACCAGGCCUGAUCCUUCCAGAUCUCACCUCAGGAGCUGAAAGUAAACCUGUUUCACUUGUGAAUGAUGUUGAUGAGGAUAAAGGGCCUGCUUAUUUUACCUAUACCUCCUCUCUGAAAUACUCAGAGACCUUUAAACUAACUCAGCCUGUAAUUGGUUGUUCCUGCAGUGGUUCAUGUUCACCAGGAAAUCAUAACUGCUCUUGUAUCAGAAAAAAUGAUGGUGAUCUCCCUUACCUUAAUGGGGUUAUACUCGUUUCCCGGAGGCCUGUGAUAUAUGAAUGUGGCCCAACGUGUCCUUGUCAUGCCAGUUGCAAAAACAGAGUGAUUCAGACAGGACUGAAAUCCCGCCUGGAAGUGUUUAAGACAAGAAACCGCGGUUGGGGUUUACGUUCGUGGGAUUCCUUACGUGCUGGUUCUUUCAUAUGUGAAUAUGCUGGUGAAGUCAAAGACAAUGGCAACCUUAGAGGAAACCAAGAAGAGGAUGCGUAUGUCUUUGACACAUCGCGUGUUUUUAACUCGUUUAAGUGGAAUUAUGAGCCUGAGCUUGUAGAUGAAGACCCUUCAACUGAAGUUCCCGAAGAGUUUAAUCUCCCAUCACCACUCCUAAUCAGUGCCAAGAAAUUUGGCAAUGUAGCUCGGUUCAUGAACCAUAGUUGCUCUCCUAACGUUUUUUGGCAGCCAGUUAUUCGUGAAGGAAACGGUGAAUCAGUUAUCCACAUUGCUUUCUUUGCCAUGCGUCAUAUCCCUCCUAUGGCAGAAUUGACAUAUGAUUAUGGGAUUUCUCCUACAUCCGAGGCCAGAGAUGAGAGCCUUUUACAUGGACAGAGGACAUGUCUCUGUGGAUCUGAGCAAUGUCGUGGUUCAUUCGGAUGAUCUGAGAGUUUGAGACUGUUUAUCUAAUUAACACAAUCCGUUUGAAACCAUUUAUAUUGUCACAGGACAGAAAGUAUGUGUGUAGCAGAGUAAGUGGUGGCUUUUGUUCUUCUUCUUAACGUAAUAGUGGUUGCCGUUUUUGAAAACUGUGUAUUGUUAUGUGAAUGCAUACACAUCUAAUAUAUUGUUUAUGUAUUAGCACC